AUGACUACUUCCAAAAUCUCGCCUACUUUGUCUACUACGCGUACGUCCAAGCUUCUCACAUUGUCUGCUGGAUGUUUCUGGGGAGUGGAAAGAGUGUUCAGAAAGCAAUUCCCAGUUGGUUUGGUUGAUGUCAAGGUAGGAUAUGCUAAUGGCAUCCCUAACGUGGGUGAAGUUAACUACGAAAAAGUGUGUACUGGUGCUACAGACUUUGUUGAAAGUAUCCAAAUAGCAUAUGAACCUUCUGAAGUGACUGCAGAACAACUAUUGGACAUAUUCUUCAGAAUGCACGAUCCAACAACAGUUAACUCCCAGGGCCCAGACGUGGGUACCCAGUACAGAUCUGCCAUUUUGACGCACGAGGAGGAAGAUGCUGCCUUGGCUGCUGCAUUCAAGGAAGAUUAUCAGGUCAAAUGGUACCCAAAAGACAAGAUCGUCACUAUUGUUGAACCCAUCCAGAUCUGGUACGAUGCUGAAGACUAUCACCAGCAGUACUUAAACAAGAAUCCAGGAGGAUACGAAUGUCCAUCACAUUUUAUAAGAACCAAACCAAAGAUAUGAGUACAUAAUUUCGUACGGUGGCAUCAACAUGUACUGCACUGGUCGGUUUAUAGAUGUGCUGACGUUUUUGCUUACUUAGAAAUGCUGUAUCUAUGUGUAUGCGAGCAUUCUAUAUUCUUCGGCCCAUUCUGCAUUACCAAAACAAAAUAAUUUAUGAUUGUAAUUGAUAUGUAUCAGUUAUGUAUGAUAUUACAAUGUUAAGACUAUAAUUACUACAUUAGUUAGUUUAAGUAUACAUGAUUUUCACUUAUC